GUUUUGGUUAUAUUUUGAAAACAAAUUUUUUGUUAAUUAAUCUAACAUAACUAUGUAAAUUUAAUAACUUGUUUGCUAAAAAAAAAUAGUACAAUGGCCGUCGCGGAUGCAAUGUUCAUAUUCGAAGUGGUGGUAGAGCACGUCAGGAGUUUGGUCGAUAGUAGAUUGCUUGUAAUUCGCAGUGAUUUCGCCGACAUAUUUUCUCUUGAACUAAAAGAUCCAAAGCAAAUGCACAUAGUAAUACCGGAGCCUCUUCCCUUGCCACCAGAACCACCUGGAAAGAAAAAGAAACCUCCUAAACCUAAGAAACCCAAAAAGGGAGCGUUACCCCCACCUCCUCCACCAGAGCCAGUGAUACAAUCGGGACAAUCCGUGCUAUUCACAAGCAGCGCAGAGUUUUUAAUCAAAUUAAUGCUAAAGUGUCCCUUGCAAGUCACACUAUGGAGCAAAGAGGAUAAUCUUGUGUUCAUUGGGGCUAGUGUUAUUCCUUGGGAUCCAAUGUUUUUAACCUACCUACAACAAAUCGUUAAUUGCCAAACCCCAGUACCUGUUACUCUGAAUGACGAAUUUAAUGUUUUUGAAGAAAACACAGCGAAGCUGAUGGCAAAAAUUGGCCUCCAAAUAAAAUUGUCUUAUUUAGGAGACAAAGUCACUACAGCAUUUCGCACUUUAUCCGAGGAUCCUACGGUAAAAAAGGUUCUGUAUACUGGUAUCAAUUCAAAAACAACGUCAUACAUAUGCACAAUGAAGACAACUGAUGAAGUAUUUGAAGAGAAUUGCAAUAAGGUAGAAAAUAGUUUCGUAAAGGAUAGACCGAAACCACAGCUUUUGUUUGCUGACUACACUAACGCACCAGGAGCAAAUCUUGUAGAAUUCAGCGAAGGCGAUUACUGCUGCAUGAACAACGCCGACAAACCUCCGGAAUCAAAAUAUACAGCACCAAACACUGUGCCGACAAUAGAUUUCAUUAUUGAUUAUGUACGAAAGAUAAUAGCGUCCUGUAAUGACAACAUGAGGAUGCUUACGCCCCGCCCGACUAUAACUCCGAAAAUCAGAGCCACAGACAUUGACAGACUUUGUUAUUGCAAGCAAUCGCAGUGGCCAGAAAGUGCAUUAGCUGAGAAGUACAAAAUAGAAGUCCAGAGCGGACCGUGUGCUGUCUGCGCUGAGCCCGGCAAGACAGGAGGCCCAGGAGGUGCAGGUGCCGAAGGGCCUGGAGCUAUCUUCGACAUAGCGAACAUACGAGGCCCUUGUGGAAAACCAGACUGCAAAAUAGCAAGACAUAUAAGGAAGUAUAUCGAAAAUUUGAUCGAAGAAGACAAAAUUGAGGUUGAUAUUAAUGAGAUUAUUGGUCCAUGUGGUAGUAAGCUUUGUACUUUGGCUGAAAAAAUUCAAGAAUUCCUUAGGCAUGAAGGAAUGUUCUCUGAGGGCGCUACAAAAGAGGGUCUCUCUACGCAAUGCGCAUGUAUACAAAAAAUGCAAGAUGCCCUGGCUGAAAGAAAAUCUUGUCAAAGUAUAUGUAGCAAAGAUUGCGAAGAGGGUGAUGAUGAUCCUGAGGAAACCUGUGCAGGAAAAGGUUGCCCAUUUUCUGGACAAUCACAGCGGGUAUACAACGUGUAUUAUUUCACAGUAGAACUUGAUCAGACAAGUAAGUCUACUUCCGGCAAAACCACACCGGUAACCGACCAAACACGAUCUGACGAAGACAAAUUCAAAUUCUGUGCCAAAGACUGCCCCAGUAUGAAAGCUGAGACAGAAAUAACUUUGUGCACAAAAGGUGUGUGCCCUUCAGCUAAUAGAGAAGAUAAGCCGUGCCCUGAGCAUCCGUGUCCCGUGAAGGGGGAAUACCCUCCCAGCCCAGCAGACAGCAACGUUGAAAUAGAACUCGACGCUAUACACAAUCCCUGCUGCUCCACAACUUGCGACGUAGCUGAAACAGUAAAAGACUUCAUAGUCGAUGGCCUCGAAAAGAAAAAAAAGAUAAAUGAGAAGAACGAUAACGAGUGUUACUGCGAUUGUGUAUGUGAUUUUAAUUUCACGAAAAACACAACUUACUGCGCUGUUUGCGGCGGUUACGAAUGCCUAGGAACUGAUAUGGAAAACCAGCCUGCCUUUAUAAAACCUCUACCAUGUCCGGUCUAUCACAAACUCUACGACAAGAAAUAUAUAAAGACUGAGAGUCCAUGGCCUGACGAAGAUCAUGUUGAAACGUUGGACAAGAUUAGUAUAAAGACUACUAGAUCGCAAAAAUUGACCAAUGCUAUGGCUAAAAAAGAUUCAUUUUUUGAAGAUGAAGGGGGAGAAAAGGAGAAAAAGAAAACUGAAAAGUCUGUUAAUAAAAAGAAGGCCCAGAAAAGCAAUGUUGGUGUUGUGAAAAAAGUGGGGAAAGCUGAGGAACAGAGGCCUUCGAAGUAUCCUUAUCCCCCGGUUCCGGCUAAUAUGGGUUGGAAUUGGACAGCUGAAGACAUUCCUGGAUUAAAGCCCCGUCCAAAUUGGAAGCCUGGUGCAGCUAUAAAACCUCUAGUGAGAAGAUACAGAGCCGUAAGAGAUGGCAUUGACAUAAUUGCUAAGAAGAAACGAGCUUUAUUGUCGAAGAAGAAGAAAAUUGAAAGUAAACCUUUAUUAAUAGUCACAAAAAAAGAUGGGGAAUAUACAGUCCAAAUGGAAGUGUUCAAGAAGUAUUCGAGAGAACGAUUGCUUUUCCAAUAUCCAUAUGAAGAAAAGCCUCCCUUGAUUUACUCGAUAGGAAAAACAGAAGAAGAGAAAACAAAAAUUCAAAAACAACGCGAAAGACGAGAGAGAAGGGAAACUAGAAGAAAAUGUAGACUUUUGCAAUCUACUUUUAGAGAUAAAUGCCAAGAAAUAUGCGUUAAAGCGUACAACCAGGCAAUUGGCAUACUACCCCUCCCAAAUCCAAAUGAUCCCGAAUGUCCAUGCUACACAAAACCAGCGGAUGCCAUUAGUCCUCCGAUAGACUCCUGUUCGUGUUCAGAGGAAGGAUCUAUAUCCAGCAGCGACACAGACGGUGAUGACUGGAUUAUAGAAUUUUCUCCUCCAGCGUCGAAAUAUGAUGCUAAAGCUAAACAUCCACCCACUACAGCAGAAAAUGAGUCUCAAUACACAUAUUUGGAUUAUAGAGUAAAACUCUUAGACAAGCACGGCAAUCAAGUGCCGCGGUAUUUCAAAGGACCCGAUGGCAAAAAUGAGUGUAGCGAUUUGGGAGGCUUCUGGGACCAUAACCAUGUCUGGCAGGAAAUAAAUAAAGAUGGCUAUAUUGGACCAGACGGUCGAUGGAUUCCUUUAACCUUUAUUGGGCCCGACGGUAUGAUGUACUCAUCUGAGGAAGGAGGUUUUACUGAUAAGGAUGGAAAUUAUUUGAAGCUAGGCGUCGAUGGCUACGUAGAUAAGGACGGUAAGUGGGCGUGGUACUCAAGAUUCAAAUCUAAACAAGAUAAAUCUAAGUCCAAUAUGACGGGUAAAAGUAAAGGUAAAGAGUCCCCCAUGAAAAAAACUGCGGCUACGGCUAUGAAACAAACUAAAGCCACAGCGACGGAUGCCAAGGCUGGUAAGAGUGGAUCUGGUGAUGCUAAAGCGAUACCGAAUAAAUCAAAUGUAAAGCGAACAGUUUCCACGAAGGAACCACAGAAGCGUACCAAUUAUCAAGUGAUGACAAGUAUGUCGGCAAAUUUCGAUACGGCAGGCCGCCGAUUUAGAAGGCAUUCGGUCAAGUUGCCACCGUUAUCGAAUAGUAGCCGAGCCGCCGAGGCUAGAAAGAUGGCUCGGUACCAGGAGAUUUUGAAGCCUCUCGAAGAAUACUCUGAUAUAGCAUUGUUUAAGAAACCGGGGAGGAAAUUGAAGACGAACAGGGCAUGCAACACGCCUCUGAGACAGCGGUCACCGAACGACAGCUUUUAUGAAUGUCCUGGAAACAUGAGCCAGAUCCGACCUGUGUGCUCAUUUGAGAACAACACCAAUACUUCAAUCUGUUAGUCUAAUUUAGAAUAUUUUUAAUGAAUUGCGACGCGCCUUUUAACAAAAUAAAUAAAAGUGUAAUUUAUUAAA